GUGAAGACGGAGCUGCUGGACUUAAUGAUCUGGCUGAUGAAGAAGUCAAAGUCAAUGAGCGUGUCAAGAACAGCGCCACGUGGCGUUCUGGAAGAUCACGCGUGACGUUCUUUCACCUCAAUGAACCGCCAUAUCGUUAUAUUGGGUGGUGGUCUUUCCGGACUUUCGUCCGCUUUCCACCUUUCGCGUCGCUAUCCUGAAGCACUGAUUACCUUGGUGGAAAAGACGCAUCGGCUCGGAGGAUGGAUCUCCACUGAGAGGGUUCAAGUUCGCGACGGAAGCGGUCAUAUUGCUGACAUUCUACUGGAAUCUGGUUCUCGAACGCUAAGACCGAACGCGAAAUCAGUACUAGAACUGGUGCGCACGAUAAAGGUCCUGAAUAUACGGGCUAUUUACUGAGUUACCUCAUUAGCAGCAAAGAACCGAUACCUUCAAAUCC